AAACGUCCGCGAGACUUGGCGGGGCAGGCGCCCUGGCCGGUUUGCUCGGGCGCAGAGGUGGGAGGCCCGGCCCGGAGGAGGAUGCUGCGGCUGCGCUGCAAGGCCCGGAGCGGCUCCCAUCCGCUGCCCGGCCUCACGGCGCAUUCCCGCCUCCGGGAGCUGCAGGCCGCCCUGGCCGCCCUCACCGGGGUGCCCGCCCCGGCCCAGCGCCUCCUGCUCGGCUUCCCGCCGCGGAGCCUGGACCUGAGCGACGGGGAGCGGCGCCUGGGGGAGCUCGGCAUCCACUCAGGUGAUACUCUAAUAGUUGAAGAGGACACAACCAAACCCAAGACUGAGUCACCUGUAAUUGCAAAAAGGAGUGUGUCUACUUCGGUCAGGGAAGCACUGCCUGUACUUGCACGGAGGGUUGUUCCAGCAGAUAACUCCUGUCUCUUCACAAGCAUAUUCUAUGUGGUAGAGGGAGGCAUUUAUGAUCCUGCAUGUGCUCCGGAGAUGCGCAGUCUUAUAGCCCAGAUAGUGGCAAGUGAUCCGGAGUCCUAUUGUGAGGCAGUACUAGGGAAAACCAAUGAAGAGUAUUGUGAGUGGAUCAGAAGAGAAGAUACGUGGGGAGGAGCUAUCGAAGUAUCCAUUCUGUCUAAGUUUUAUCAGUGUGAAAUCUGUGUAGUUGAUACACAGACAGUCAGAAUUGACCGUUUUGGGGAAGAUGCUGGCUAUGCUAGGCUCCUUCUGAUUUAUGAUGGGAUUCAUUAUGAUCCACUUGAACGUAAAAUCCCUGACUCAGACAUCCCUCCCCUGACCAUUUUCUCAACCAAUGAUGAUGUUGUUCUUGCACAAGCAUUGGAAUUGGCAGAUGAAGCCAGACGAAAGAGGCAGUUUACUGAUGUAAAUCGCUUUACGCUAAGAUGCAUGGUGUGCCAGAAGGGGCUAACUGGACAAGUGGAAGCCAGAGAACAUGCUAAGGAGACUGGGCAUGCGAACUUUGGAGAAGUGUGACGUCUACAUGAGGAUGAUUACAUCUACUACCUCACUGCUCCAGAAUAAGAUUCUGUUUUUUCAGAUAAGCUGUAUGUAAGCAUAAAAAGUCCCUUCACAAAGCUUGAAAAGUCCUAUUAACUUAAUGAUUGAGAUGCACAGGUUUUUUUAUGGUUAGUGUGCAGGUUUACAGAUGUCAGUACUGCAUACCUCUCUUUCCAACUAGUUUGAAAUAGGUAACUUGCAUGCUGAUUUUAAAGUAACAGGCAGCUGUUUGUUGUAUGUUAGCAGCUAAAAGUCCUGACUCCUGAAGAACCUUAUUUUCUGAUGGAGAAGCUGCUGUGUGACAUGGCUGGACAUGCACACAAUAGUGUACCUAGAGUUAUAGACUUAGAAUAACACAGUUGAAAUCUAAACUCUGAAUUCCUAGGUUUAGUGAUCUUUCAGUACUUCUAAACUGGUCUUACAGUUUAGCAUGUUCAUGGGCCUAUUAGCAUUUUGUAUGAGUUACAUAGUAACUCUUAUACAUUCAAGCAAUUUUUGCAGCAGAGAUGCCUAUAGUGCAUACUUCAUAUAGAAAAGGUAACACCAAAGUUGCCCUGCUGCAUUAGGUCAGAAUGAACAAAAGUAGAAUGUACAGUCCGAUAGUGGCUGUACUGAAAGCUUUUUUUAAAUUAAUGAGUAGAGUUAAAUACCCAAUAAACUUAAUAUUUUUCAAUAGAUAUUACUUGAAAUGUAGUUUAGUUGCUUGACAAUUAACUGUCAACCCUUCUGUUUACACUGCAUCAGGAUGUUGGCAUGUUUCGUGAAAUACUUGGGUCCUCAGUAACAAUAUGAUCUCAAUUCCAGCAAGAAGGAAUUACAGUAGUGUAUUGGUUAAACAUUAAAAUCUAGUUUUGCUAAAAUGUGGCUGAUCUUGUGGCCACUGAAAGUGUGAAGCUGUACCAGGCUCCAAAUAUUGUUUAGCACUUUUUAAUCUUUGGUUCUCAUUUUCUUUUUACAGGUCAAAGGCUUGGUCUUUUUUCAGAAGGUCAGAGCAUUUAUCCAAAAGGGAAAAACUUUGAAGUUUCUUUAUUUGCAUUCUGCCAAUGGCAAUUAGCUUGCUUGAUUUCUCUCCAGUGAUUAAGUAGCAAGACCUCUAUCCUAAUAAGGAAUGGAGCAGUUUUUCAUAACAAAAUAAGCUAGGUAAAAUGCUUACUUCUGAAAUGACAAAAGCAGGGAUGUCAAAACUGGUACAAUAAGAAAUAUCAUCUUAUGGGGGAUUGCAAGGCUUAAUGUAGCGCGCUUUGAGAUCUAAAUUAAUGAUGCUGUAGAUGUGCAUAUUACUGAAAUUUUUAGAAUGCCUCAACGUGUGUGUUAAGGCAUUUAAACUUUUAGCCAUGUUUUCUUACUUUGUUAGGGUCUGAAAUACCUUCUGAAUGUUUGUGCAAAUGGGGAACAAAGAUACACAUCUUCAUAAUGAAGUAGCAGUGUGUCAGGUUCAGGAAUGGAAACUUCUAGUUAUUCAAAGAAAAAACACAAGUUACUAAGGCUAUCCUAGCUAAACCCUGAUUCAGGAAAGCCCCCUUAAGCACCUGCUUAAGUAAUUUCUGAAUUGGAGCCCUCAUGCAUAUUCUAAGUGUAGGGAUUAUUCUGUGGACCCUCAGUGGAACUAGGAAUGUGCUCAUAGUUACAUGUGCAUAGGUGUCUUGCUGGAUUAAGGCCUAAACAAAGUAGUAUAUAAAUAGUAUAAUUACCAAGAGUAUAAUGGACCAGAAUUUUUACUUGGUAUUAAAUUACAUUGCACUCAUGAGUUUGUUACAGAAAUCAAGUUAGCUGCCAGUGUUAAGCCUACUUCGCUUUUAGUCUUGUUUUAAACUGUUUUUUAAUGCUUGACUGGAAGCAGAUGCUUAAAACUAAUGUAAUGAGACAGUAGAUCAACAGAACAUGAAAGAGACUGGAUUAUAAAUACUUGAGAUGGAAUUUGGGUUAGUACCUAGAUCAAGGGACUGUCAGACUCCUACAUUAUAUUCGCCACUGUGUCAGUGAAUGGGUGACACACCCUGGACAAAUUACUACACCUCAGUCCAUAUAUUCAUCUAUAAAAUGGGUAUAAUAUCUACCUCACAGAGGUAUUGCGGCUAAUGGAUUGAUGUUUGUAAAGUGCUUGGGUGAAAGGUGCUAUGUAAGUGCAAAGUACUAUUGUGUGCCAUGUUAGCAAACUUAUUUUUGGCUUUUGCAAAAUCCUUUAGUUUUGUGCUCUGGAAUCUGCGAUAUAAGACUUUGCAUACGUUGUAACAAGAGUCCAAACUUUUAUCUGCAAUGGAUCUCUGAAGUGGAUAGCAUGGUCACAAGUGUUUGCCCUAUUCUAAUACUUUUUUUUUUAAAAAAGUCUGCUUUAUUUAAUUGAAUCUCUGCUAUAUUGUGUUCAAUGCAAGUGUCAUUCUCAUUGCUUGAAUGUUUUUUAGUUACUUAGAAAAUCAGAUGGAUUUGAAUCUGAAAUCACCACUGAACUGCUGUAAUACAUUUAAAAAAAAAUCUGAACAAGUAACAAUUAACUUGGAAAAAUUAAGAUGUUGAAUUUUAACAAAGAACAGAGUCAUUUACAGAAUCUAAACUGAGAGCUGGAAAGUGGUCAGUUACUUUCCUCCCAAGCAGAAAAUGUAAAUUUUCUGGGGGGUAAAUUACAAUAUAUAUAUAUUUGAAAAAGCAACUUCACUUGUUUUCUCUUAUGAUAAGACCUUAUAAAUUUGUGCUAGCUUCAUUAUAUCUGAUUACUACUAGCAUCUGUGUCCCUUUUUUUUUUUACAGUACAGACAUGGAAAUAUGAGUGAUUUCUUUAUCUCAGGGGAAUCAACUGUGACUUUUUCAAAACCUCUGUUAAUUGAGUUGUACUGAAGCAUUACUACUUUUAGUUCCAAGAUACCAAUUGUGGACACUUUAUAAAAUUAGUUGUUCAAGACAGCAUGGAACUUAAGCUCAGGUAAUGCAUUUGGAAAUGAAGCUUGUCAUCUGUCCAUAAUGACCCCAAAAUACUAUCAGAUGUGGACUGAUGUCCUUACAAAUUCCCCAAAAUAUUAUUAGCACUAAUUUCCAUGUGGAAUAUUUCAGCUGAGACUAGGGAUUGAAUGGGUCAGGGAGACUGAACUUCCUACCUCAGAGGAAGAUUCCUUUGUAAAGGUUGAAGCACACUAGUAUCCUUUUGAAGCUGGCCUGUGCGGGACUAGUUCUCUGAUUAAAUUAUAGGACUUCAGCUUCCAAGUUGCCAGUGUGGCCCUUUUCACCAGCACUCAAUUCCUUUUCCUGAAGAAGGGAGGAAAGAAGCUUAACAUACUCUAAUCAUGUGGCCUUUCACAAACAUUUUAUGUUGCAUGAAGAAAUGAUCAUGAUUUUCACAGCACUUUAAAAGCUUGUCAAAGUUUACAUGUUUAGCAGUGUUUUGCAGGGACCUAGCCUGAAGUAAGUGUGGUGUUGCAGUAAAAUAACUGACUGAACAAUUUCUAAAAAUCUUGAUACUAAAAGCAUACCCAUGUAUUCCAGUGACAUAACAUCCUGUUAUCAUUAGCACAGGUUAUUUAAGUAUAUUUCUUUCAACGUGCUCUAUAUUGCAAAACUCAUUAUUGCAUCAAUGAAAAUGUGAUUUCUGCAUGCGUA